AUGGAAAUCCUGAGGGAGUUAAACGUGAAAUCGUUAGGAGUCAAUGUUGAAGGGUCGUAUGAUCGCCAGAGUGGAAGUACGAUUUCUGAAAAGUGCCGUAACAAUCGAUCUGAUCGAUUCAUAGUCAAAAAGAGCCAACAGACUUCGUCUCCAGUCAAGAUGCGAAAGAGUGAAGUGGCUGCGCUAAGUCGAUCCUAUUCUAAUGAAGCUGCUCGUAUCAGCGAUGACAUUAACAAUAAGGAUCACGGCAUUAACCGUGACAGUUAUGGUUAUGAUAAUGAUAAGCGCAAUCCUACCAAAUCAAUCAAAAAAACGAACACUCCCUCACACAAAACUGACUGUGAAGACGGUCCGGAUAAAGACUACAUUUAUCACCGUNCAACUCAACAACACCCUAACUAUCAAGGAAAUGCCAACAUUGCCGACGCCCCUGCUGCCUUAAAAUCAACCCGUGGAAUCGACUCAGAGUCGUUCGCUCGAUCCGGUCAGUCAUCGAGGAGAGAUUCGGUUCAUUCGGAGAGCAAAUAUUCCGAUACGGGCACUGACAGUGAUACAAGUGAUUCGUCGACAUCCUCCGAAUCGUCGAAAAAUUCUAACAGCAACUCAAAUUCCAAUUCCAACAGCACGUCCAGCGCGAGCUUAUCAGAACACGCUGAUGAAAUUUGCGAUGAACACUCAGGACAGCAAGCGCCGAUGAGGUAG